GGGCCGAGCAGCCGGUCAGACCGGUCGGGAUGCAAACGAGGCUGCAGGGGGCCGGGCCUCGGGCGGGGGCGCGGGAAGGAGGCGCGGGCCCCGCGAGCCGGGGCUCCGGCGGGGAGAGGGGCGGCGACGAGCAUGGGAGCGCGGCCCCCCGGCCGCCCGCAGCCCUUGGAGCCCCGCCCGGCGCGGAGAGGCCGCGCGGGAGCCGAGAUGUGUCUGCGCCUGGGUGGCCCGAAUGUGAGUGACCCCGGGAAGGUGCUGAUGAAGCGGGGGCUGGUGCUGGUGGUGUUCGGCCACCUGAGCUUCAUUGCCGCCGCCCUCCUCCACGGCACGGUCCUGCGCUACGUGGUCACCCCGCACGACGCCGUGGCACUGCAGUACUGCGUGGUCAACAUCCUCUCCGUCACAUCGGCCAUCGUGGUCAUCACCUCAGGCAUCGUCACGAUCGUCUUGUCACGCUAUCUCCCCAGUGUCCCUCUGCGCUGGACAGUGUUCGGCUCGAGUGUGGCCUGCGCCCUUCUGGCUCUCACCUGUGCCCUUGGCCUUUUGGCCUCCAUCGCCGUGACCUUUGCCACCCAGGGCCAAGCUUUGCUGGCGGCCUGCACUUUCGGAAGCCCUGGGCUCCUGGCCCUGGCCCCCAACUGUCCCUUCGACCCCACACGCAUUUAUAGCUCCAGCCUGUGCCUCUGGGGCAUCUCGCUCGUGUUCUGCGUGGCCGAGAGCGUGUUCGCCGUGCGCUGCGCCCAGUUCACCCACCACCUGCUGGGCCUGAGGCCCUGGUGGGGGAAAAGCCACCAACGCUCGUUCCAGGAGAGCCCGGAGCCCGUGGAGGGCCGUGACUUGCUGAGCUGCACCAGCUCGGAGCCGCUGACACUCUGACUCCCACCCAUCUGCACUGUGACCAGCUCAGGACGGGGACCGCCUCACUGAGCUCCCGAUGGGAGCUUCCACCCCGGCCCCCAGCCGCCCAGCCCUCUGCACUGAAACAGACUUUAUUGUGAAGGUAUUAAAAAGAACAGAUGCUCCGUGUGGAUGCAUGCAGCGGGGAACGGGCUCGGCGGGGGCCUGCGGGGGGCUCGGGGCCGGCUGCCCUUCUCUCCGUGGGCCUGUGAGCGUGGCUGGGGCAGGGACCACGUUCAUCCGUGCGGGACAGCAGGCAGGCGGGGUGAGGGGACCCACCGCUGGGGCUGGAAUCCAGGGGUGCCUUUUGCAUCUUGGCCUCCAGGCCCUCAAGAGCUGUGGACCUUCUGCUCCGGGACCGUGUUGCCCCCACCCCUCCCACUCAGUA